GUCCGAUGGAAAAAUAUGAACAAUUUCGUGCUCUUAAAAAUUAUUGAUUUUUCAUCGUUAAAAAACAUCAGAGUGGCUAAUUGCAUACGUGAUGCGAGGUGGCGCGGUCGGCGGCCGCUGUAUAUAAGUAAGAAGAAAGCCGCAGUAUUCAAACAAUAUUUCUAGUCUGAAAAGUUUCUACGAAAAAAAAGAGUGAAAAAGUAUUAAAAUUGUACUUAAUUAUAUUUAUAUGUUUUACAAUAAUCUGUGAUAGACAAUUUUGGACUGUGCAAUUUUUACAAGUGUUUGCCAAAGAGAAUGGUGUUAGUUUUUAGUUUAUGAUUGUCUGUGGUCGAGUUUCUUAAAUGGAACAGAAGAUGGCGCUGCCGCCGCAACAGUUUUGCGUCCGGUGGAACUCCUACCACACCAACUUACAGGCGGUGUUUCCCCGACUGCUCCUCACUGAGCAAUUCGCUGAUGUGACAUUAGCAUGCGAGUCCCGACAACUGCGAUGCCACAAACUAGUGUUGUCCGCCUGCUCUGCCUACCUCGAACGGCUUCUGCUGAACAAUCCUUGCAAACAUCCCAUCGUGCUUAUGAGGGAUAUGAGGUUCAGCGAAAUGCAAGCGCUGGUGGACUUCAUGUACAAGGGGGAGGUGAAUGUCACUCAGGAGGAGCUGCCGAGUCUUCUGAAGAGUGCUGAGGCGCUGCAGAUCCGGGGUCUAUGUUCGAGCGACAGCAGCGGGCUAGCGUCAGAGUUGAACAAGCCAGAGCGAGACAGCAAAGACUACACCGUCGCUACCGAGGCUUUGGUCGCGCACGCGCAACGAGAGGCCACCACCAACGGUCCCCGCCCCCCGCAACCGCAAACCCCCACCAACGGCCCGCUCCUCAAGAAACGCAAGCAAGAUGAAGCAGAGGUCAAAGAAGAAACCGUCGAAGAAGAUGGACUAUACUACGGCGAAUUGGACCACGAAAAUAUGGAAUACAAUGAGGACGAGGAAUCAGGCAAACCCGGCAGUAGUCUAGGACAACCGUCAGGUCGCCAAAGCUAUCUCCGCGUAAAACCCGAAAGCGAGCUAUUCUUCCAAACGAAGCUCCAAAAUCUAGCCAAAGCCAAUUCCGAGUACAUCAACAGACUAUCCAAGAUGAACGCCACAGAAAUCCGCCAAGAAUUUAAUAAAUACGGCUUCCAAGAAGAGCCUAAGGACAAAUCCGAAAAUGACUAUUACAAAUCUUGGUUGGAACAGAAUGGUGAAUUGGAGGUGUCUCUAUUGAAAUGCGGUCAGAAAAAACCGAAGCCUGACUACAAAAAUCAAAAAUCCGAAGUGGAAUUGAUUCCUAAACCAAAGGAAGCCAAAGUUUACCCUCUUGAAAAACAGAUUCGUAGAAGGGGGCGGCCACCGAUUUUUAAAGAUAGGAAUGUUGAUAUAGGGGAGACUGUACUAAAAUCUGAUUUGGACCAAUUCUUGGAGGGGAAAGAAGUGAGUUCCUCAGGGCUGUCCCGGAAGGAUUUGGAAAGGGUGAUGAUGGGGAAGUUUAAUCCGAAUAGACGGUAUUCGAAUGAGGCCAUGUGGGCUGCGCUUAUGGAUGUUAAGAAAGGCGGAAGUAUUUACAGAGCGGCGCAAACCCACAAAGUCCCCCGCAAGUCACUCCGCAACUGGAUGAAGCGAUGCCACAUCAAAUCCUCCUUCCCCAUGCCACAGCAACUCAAGCAGUUUGUAGAAAACAGCAAGAAACAGAAAGAAGAGAAAUUCGAUCCUCAGGAGAAGUUCGAAGAGGCUAAAAGUGAGGAUUAUGAGGAAAUGGGCUUCGGGAAUCAUUUUCUAAGCUUUCCGGCGUCCAGUGAUGAUGACAGGGAAAAGAAAGAUGAUUCAGCUAUUGAUAUGACUGUGCAUGAAUAGGGACAAGUCGCUAGGGACUCAAUGGUGAGGCGCUGGUCCCACAUCGAGCUAGUAAACUAUGAGCUAAAAAAAAAACCCUCGACCGCGACAUAGUAGACCGAUUUUCAUGAAUUAUGGCUAAGAUCACUCCCGACUAACUCAGCUUUUAGA